AUGAUACUGACAGCUCAAGUCCCGGGGAGCCUUUAUGUCUACGUUCCCAAUAAGGCAGCCCCCAUUUUCUUUACAAUUGCAUUUGCUGCCUCGGCAAUUGGCCAUAUCUGGCAAUGUCUCCGCUACAAAUGCAUUAGAAUGAUCGGGCUGCACCCAUUCUGUGCAGUACUAUUUACAGUCGGCUAUGCUAUGCAAGCAUAUGGAGCCUAUGGGCACUAUAUGUACGACUCACAAAACCUGCUCGUCUACAUUCUCAGCCAGGUUUUUAUUUAUAUCUGCCCUCCGCUUCUUGAGCUCGCCAACUACCAUGUUCUUGGUCGGAUUUUCUACUACGUCCCGAAUCUCGCCCCUCUUCCUCCUGGUAAAGUUUCGGCCAUUUUCGGUAGUCUGAUGGCACUCGUCGAGGCGUUGAACGCUCCUGGUCACGCUAAACAUAAGCAUGGCAUUGAUCUUGAUCCGUUGCAUCUACCGCCUGGUGGAACACGUGGGCAACACUGGUACUUCUAUGUCUUCGAGGCAUCGCUCAUGCUCCUCAACUCUUUACUAUGGAACGUGUUCAAUCCGGGCCGCUACCUGCCCAGAAACCACACUGUUUACUUGGCGGCGGAUGGAACGACCGAGAUCGAAGAGGAACAAGUCCGGGAUGACCAACCGGUCUUUGUUAAGGCUGUGUAUGCGGCCGUGAAUAUCCUGACCUUUGGCCUGUGUGGCCUUUUUGCCCGCCAGAAGGAUGAAGAGAGCCAUCCGCUUACACAGCGGAAUAAGUACUUUCGUCAGACUUGA